GGGUUGUCCACCAAGCAGUAUCCGAAUUGAUUACUGAAUCGUCCACUGGAGGUCGCUGUAUAGAAGACGCCGAUUUCAUUUAUCUAUCUUCAGAUUACAGAGUAUUGAAUCAUGGGCUGUGGAGACUGUCUAGCUGGCUGUGCCAGAGUGCUACUCAUAGUCUUUAAUUUCAUCUUCUGGCUGUCCGGAGCCGCAAUCUUGGGUAUUGGGAUUUGGUUCCUUGUUGACCCCAACAUCUCGUCCUACCUGGAUGUCAUUCAGGUCAAAGGUGAAGGCGAGCUUCUUAAAUAUGCAGCAUACAUCUUCAUCGCGUUUGGUGCUUUCGUCUUCGCUGUUGGAUUUUGUGGAUGCUGUGGGGCCAUCAGGAACAGCCAGUGUCUGCUUGGCUUUUACAUCUUCUUCCUGGUGGUCGUGUUCGCUGGAGAGCUGGCUGCAGGUAUCCUGGUGGCUCUGUACAGAGGAGAUCUGGAAACCAAACUGGAAGCUGAACUGAAGAGAAAGAUCAAGGAAGAAUAUGAUUACGCUAACAGGUCUUCAGUGGGAGAUGCCAUUGACAAGGUGCAGAUGGAGCUCAAAUGUUGUGGUGGAUCAAACUCAUCGGAUUAUAACAAAAGCAACUGGAGCACUGCUACUAAACUUGUCUACCCUGAAUCCUGCUGUACCAAGGAUGCAAACAACAACAUUGCUGAUCUGAGUCAGUGUCAAGCUGGGACAGGCUCCUACAAUAAAAGGGGAUGCAAGGAUAAGCUGAUUGAAUGGAUGAAACAACACAGCACCAUCAUCAUUGGUGUUGGAUGUGGCAUUGCUGGAAUACAGAUCAUUGGCUUGGUGUUUGCCAUUGCACUGUGCAGACAGAUCCGGUCUGAAGAGAAGUGCUAAAUGUCUGUAUUAGACAUUACAGCAAAACAUCAGCAUUGGAGAUGGACAGAGGAUAUAUCGAUGAGUUCAACAACAGUGAAUGACAGUAGAACAUGCCUUAGUAGACGUAACAUAGCAAGAAACUAGUGCUCAGCCUGUGACAAGUUCACACAUGAAAAUGUCUAUUUGUCUUUCGUCAGAGAUUGUAGUUACAGAAAAAUGGCAUCUGUACAUUUUCCAUGACAGCUGUUAAAGAUUUUGGCAGAUAGUGUCCAUUACCUCCAGUAAGGACUUCACCUCUCCUUUUAAGCUUUGAUUCCCUUAUUCUUUUUGUGGUCUCUGCUUAGCUUGGACUGUUUCUAUGUAUAACUGAUCUAUUUUUCUGUAAUUUUAAUUAACAUGUUUUUGGUUUAUGUUUCCAAAAUUGAGAGGCUUCUGUGGUGUUUCAACAACAUGAGGAAAAUGACUUCAAGACUAUGAAUAUGAUGGAACUGAAAGGCUCUGCUUAGCUGAAUGUGGGGAUUUUGGAUUUGUUUUUGGUUAAAGAUAAAUGUCCAAGCUAUACAGAGACUAUUUCUCUCAUCCAUUGAAUAAUCAAGAGAUCUGGUUCAUGUGUAUAUUUCAGUGUUAUUAUAUCGAUGGUGAACAUAUUGUGGUGUCUCAUUCCAUUCCUUCAAAUAUCCUGACCUCAGAAAAACAACAAAAUGCAUUCUUUUUCCAUUUUAUCAAUUGAUAAUGUAUGCACUUUGUAUUGUUGGUGCAAUUUUCAUAUGGUUGUUAUUUUCUUGCACAGCAUGAACUCUCGGAAUGAGACUUUCAGAACAGCUGAACUGUUACUACUGUCAUGGUAGACAUGCAGUUGAAUGGAAUUUUGGAAUCUGGAGAAAUUCACUCACUUAAUUCUUGAGCAUCACUAUCUGGAAACAUGGUAUGUGAAUCUAGUCCUUCAUCUCAGUGUGUACGUUACCAUGGUAACUAGUCCAUUUGACGACAGGCCGUAAUCUUGCUGCUGAUAGUAUGUGAUGCCACGUCAGUGUCUAUUCUGCUAUUGUAUGUUUUCUCCAUGUAAUUCUCGGACGACACUAGUUGGCAUAGUGUUAGGUUAUUACUUCCCUUGUUUAUGACAAGGAUGCUCAGUGGUAUUACAGUUAGAUAGUUAUAAUAACCAAAUAUGUUGUUAUUAUUGAAAUUUACACAGAUCCACUUUGGAUGACUAAUUUAUCUUUCACAAUUUUUUAAUGAUUCUACCAAUGUCUUUUUUUAUUCUAUAGGUUUGAGCUCCAAAUACAUUUACAGUUUUUAAUGUAUCACAUUCAGAUAUUUAGAGUUUUUAGUACCCUUAAAAAUAUAUAUUUUUGUGUUAAUACACAGAUUUGAUUAAAUUGCUCAAGUGUUUUCUUUCUCUAUCUCUGACAUGUUUUUUUUCAUCUUUUGUUGAGUAUUUUCAUUGUUUCAAGCACAAGAGGUAUUACAGUGCUAUAACCUGACUUACUUGAUCUUUGUUUAGUAUUAUGUGCAAUAUGCCUGAUAAAGUAUAGAUGGAUCUAUCAUCAGCUUGAGUUUUGUUUGUAAUUAUGUUGAUCAUGAUAAUACAGUAACCAUGGUUACCAACAUGAAAGUAAUCAUGUGACAUGUUAUGUGGCUUUGUUUUUCGGAUUGGUACCUGUCUAUAUUUGCAAUGCUGAAACUAAUACAUGUAUUUAGGAUUCUGCUUUUAUCAUGCUUAUGGGGGUUUGGCAUUGUUUGGACAUACAUUUAUUCCAUGCUGUUAUGAUCGGGAGAUUGUGCCAGUAUGCAUAUCGCCCCAGUGAAUCUCCAUUGCUACAAUUGCGGAGGAAACUUGACAUAGUGGAUUUUUUAAAGACCAUCUCUUUGUUUGAGACAUAUGUUCAUUGCUUGAUUUAAUGAAAAUAUUUUGAAAGAAAAUGGAAUUGAAAUAUGUGAAGAUUGAGUUUUGCCCAUUUGUGCCCCAUGGUGAUGUAAUGACAUUGGUUUCAGCCUGAAUGUUAGACUGAGUUAGGAUUAGGAAUAUCUUGCAGGUAUUUUGGCAAUAACAAAAACAUGAAGCGAAUAGACAAAGCAGACAGGAUAUUCAUGCUUUACAAAUUUUAUUAUUAGUGUAAGAAAAAUCAUUAAUUGUUAAAGUUGAUGUUUAUGACCCAAUUGUUAGAUUGAAAAUUGAAGCUUUUGAAAUGGCAGCAGAAUGUCUUCUAUAAUGUUAUUGUUGACUGUAAGUUGUGGAAGAGUAUUCCCUGUUUGUUGAUUCUUCAGUGUUACUCCUUGUUGGUUUGUGGUGAUCAUGUCAUGAAGUCCUACAUCUCACUUGAUGUUCAUGUUACUUCCAUUUUGUGGUGAGACAGGUCACCCUGAUGACAUAUUUUUAACAUUUUCCACAAAGGCACAGUUAACUAUAAAUAUGUCCAAUGUUUUCACAGAUCAAAGCAAAAGAAUGUGCCUUAGUUUGGUAUCGGUUUCACUGAGAAAUUGGCAAUGUUCAUGCUACGAGUCUACAAAAUUUGGUUUACAGACACAGGUAAUGGCAGAGAUGUACGGCAAAUUAAAAUUUAUGAAAAAGAACCGGGACUUUUCAAGCAAUGGCAGUAUAUCGAAACGUGUAGUAAAUGUUUCAAUAUUUUGUUGUGACCUAUAUAUUGCUUGCUCUAGUUUGACCAUUUGUCAUCUAGCUAGGUUAUAUGCCCUUUAUGAUUGUGAAUACUCACAUCGCUUUGCCACAUUGAUAUAAAUAUUUAUGUUCAUUUGCAGAACGUAUUUAAAGUACUGUAAUUUUCAAAAGCAUGACAUGUUGUAUUUUCAGUGUGUGUCUUUCAUUUUCAAUGCAACUUUGCAAGUUCACAUUAUAUGAAUGUACAAUUUUUCUCACUGGAAGCCAGUAUUUGCACUUCUUGUCAGCUUUACACAUGGUUGAAGGCUUUAUAUAUUCAAACACCCAUGACCUUACUUUUUGUAGCAUAUAUUUUACAUCUUGUUAUGCAGAGCGCUUUUUUCCUUAAAAUGUUUGAUAAUGUUAUUAAUUUAUAAUUUUGGAGUUGAUACAAAAUGAUUGUACAUCAAGACUAAUAAUGCAGUGUUAAUGUGCCUGCAAAGUGACAGGAAGUAUGCGUCGAUGUGUCGGUGAUUAGUAUCUUGAUAGGGAAGUUGGAGCGGUGGAAAUGACAGCCCUACUUCACAUCAUGCUAUUUCUCUUUCUCCAGGUUUUUUGUAUGGGCCUAAUUGUAUUUUAAAUAAUAAUAUUCAAAUGGCAUGUUUUAUUAUGUAAAACAUUUAUAUCUUAGAAUGUUGAUUGUUUCCUUCUAACAAAUAGCUUAACAUAGCUGUGUGAUAAGAACUGAAUUCUAUUAUUUACGUGGAAUAUUGAUGUUUUAUUCUGACUGAUCACAUGCUCAAGUUAUCACUUGCCUCCAGUGUAUCUUCAUGCUUUUUCCGGACAGUUGUAAAAUAAGAAAUAAAAUUGGUAUUGCUAAAGUAAAAAAAUAGUCACACUUCUGAAAUUAUGGUUGAACUAAUGUUAACACAAACAAAAGAUUUCCAAAGUCAGAGCCUACCUUCACAUAAUGUUUUGGUCAAAAUCAUCCCAGAACCAUUGGCAGGUUCGACCUUUUGAUAGUUAGGACCGACCUUUUGAUAUUCCUAGACAUUCUGGGAGAUAUUUUUUAAUAUAACUUGUUCCAGAAAAUAUUGUGAAAUGUAUUGUAAACACAUUUGUUAUUUAUUGUUUGGCCCUUCCUUCCUCUUACAGGAAUAUAUUUUCAUGUCUUGAAGCUCUGACUGAAAUGAAAUAGUGAACGUAGGUCAAUUAGGUCCUUGGGUUUCUUCCCCUGCCCCUUCUCUGACAUUGGCAAUAUUACUCAAUAAAGUUCCAGUUCUGCUGCAGGAGCUCCAUUAGGACUGGAAAAGAAGUAUUGUAGUUUGGUCAUAUCUGAACUUUUGAAACUAAGAAUCAUAUCUUUUUGUACUUGAAAAAUAAUUGUUUGGUACAUGUUUACAGCAAACUAGCAAAAUGUUUUUUUUCAACAAUAUGGUCAACAAAUUUAACAAGAUUGUUUGUAUUUAUACCUACGUAUAUAUCAAAAGACUUGAAGUAUAUUCAUCCAUCAUGAAAUCUUUGGAGUAUUCAUCUCUCCAUUUCUUACAGGUAUAUGUAUUUUCAUCAAAAUUUCCAAGGUGGAAAAAAAGUAGAUUUUUUGGUAGGAUUUGACUAUUAUUAGUGUAUGUUGAGUGUUAUUUUGUUAAUGUGUCUAACAGAUACUCAUCAUAUUGUAAUGUCUUGUAUUGUAAGCUGUAGAAGAUAUUUGGAAGGAUCGAUCUGUAGCCAAGCAGUGUGCAGUUUGUGUGCAUGUUCUGCCUUGUUUUCUAUACUUUUGUGUAAUGUUGUAAAUUGAUAUUUUGUAAGAUUAAAUCAUCUUAUAUUCCGUAAUAAAAUAAAUCAGUGUUA